UGCUUUAUCCCUCUGCAGGCAGUCACGCCACGGAAGAAAAGCCUGACGGGAUCCUUUUGCUGGCCUGUCACCUUAAAGCCUCUCACCUCUCCCUGUCUUUCAUCGGGGUUAUAAACUCCUUAGAGUGUCAUCACGUGCUCCAUAAAAAACAAAUAUAUAAGCGAGGGCUCCUGAAGUCGCGGCACACAAGAGCAGGAGGCAAAUCAAAAUUCACUGCCGUUUUCUGCUUCCUCCGUCAGCUGCGAGAGGGCACGACCAGACCAGCCUGGGCAGAGGAGCAGCUCCGGGUCCCCGUCCCACGCCGCCUCCGGUAUUUUUGGCCGCCGGCUGAGAGCGCCGGAGGAGAUUUGCUGGAGGAACCGGCGCCGCGAGACCCGCCGGGGCCCGGAGCGGCGGAGAUGCCGGUGCCGGGCGCGCUGCCGUUCCUGCGACCCGUCGGCCCGCGGGCGCCCCGCGACUCGCCCGGGCGCCAGCGGCGGCACACGCUGCCCGCCAGCGAGUUUCGCUGCCUCAGCCCCGAGGACGCCGUCAGCGUGUUCGAGAUCGAGCGGGAAGCCUUCAUCUCCGUCUCCGGGGACUGCCCGCUGCACCUGGACGAGAUCCGCCACUUCCUGAACCUGUGCCCGGAGCUGUCGCUCGGCUGGUUCGAGGAAGGGCGUCUCGUGGCCUUCGUCAUCGGCUCCCGCUGGGACGAGGACAGGCUCAGCCAGGCGGCGCUGACGCUGCACCGGCCGCGGGGCACGGCGGUCCACAUCCACGUGCUGGCCGUGCACCGCAGCUGCCGGCAGCAGGGCAAGGGCUCCAUCCUGCUGUGGCGCUACCUGCAGCACCUGCGCUGCCUGCCCCGCGUGCGCCGCGCCGUGCUCAUGUGCGAAGGCUUCCUCGUGCCCUUCUACGCCAAGUGCGGCUUCGAGGCGCUGGGCCCCUGCGAGGUGACCGUGGGCGCGCUGGCCUUCACCGAGAUGCGGCACGCCGUGCGGGGGCACGCCUUCAUGCGCCGCAACAGCGGCUGCUGAGCCCCCGCCGCCCCCCCCGGAGCUCCCCGGGGGAGACCCGCGGCGGGCGCGGAGCUGGUCCCCGGCGGCAGCAGCCCUCCUGGACGGCCGGGGGGAGAAAAGGCUGCAGCACCUCCGUCCCCUCGGCCCGGGCCAGGGCUGCUCCCCGCCGCCACGUCUGCCUUUCGCCGGGGAGAUGAGCCCGGUCCCGUCUCACCGCCUCAGGGCUGCAGACCAACGCGUCCAGCCUGCUGCUGGAAGCAACGAUCCCGCGGGGCCCGGGCGAGACGGGGGGCUGGUGGCCCCCGAGCUCCGCUGCUCCCCCCACGCGUGCCCAGACCCCAGUGGAGACACCCCCCCCCGCAGCCACCUCCACCCCAAAGCACGCGUUGAAGACCCUCCAGCAGAGCCAGCCCCACAUCGGCACUGGACACGGGCAAACAUCCCCCCCCAGAAAAGCCCCCCACGCACGUCUUGGUCCAGUGUCAAGCGGCAAAUAAA